CACAUACAAAACAGUUAAGAUUCAGCUUUAUACACAUAUCACAAAUAAAGUUUUAAAUGAAUUGUGAAUCGAUUUAAAAAAGAAAUUUAAAUAAUUGUUUUUUUAAAUUGUUCAUUUUUAAAGGUAAAAUCCGUUAGUAAUAUUUAGUGUUGGUAAACACUACAUUCUUGCUUGCGCUGUAACAUAACCUUACAAUUAACGAACCAAAACAGUAAUAAAAUCGCACAAACAAAAUAAUUAUAAGAAGUAACUAAUUAAUAAUUAAAAACCGGUAAUAAAAACGAUUAUUUACAAUGUACAAUAAUAAUAAACUCAAGUGCCUGUUAGUGAAAUGAUAAACUCAUGUAGGUGAUAUCCCUUACAAGGUAUCAAAUGACCGCUCGAAUUUUAUUGAAACUACACGUAUUAAUUAUUGAUAAGGAUCGAUUUAAUGUUAGAACAGAAUAAACUUGAAUAAACGAAGACAAUGUAUCGAGUUAGAGGGUUAAUUAUAAUAUCUGUACAUGUGACACUCAUGGCAGCCGAACUAGGACCAAAACUACCUGAAAAGCCUGUUAUUGCUGUUAAUAAGUGUUGUGAGUCAUAUGAAGUAAUGGUCAAAAAUCAUUGCACGCACAUAAAUCAGACUAAUGAGACUAUGUGGUAUCCAACAUUUACAUCUAAGGAUGGUAGACUAUUGACAGGAAUUGAAUACAAAAUAUUAAAUGGUAAUCCAGACUGUGGAUCAACACAAAAAUGGCCUAUUUAUCAUUAUCAAAAUUCUAGUGAUGUACUUAAGCUUUUACCAAAUGGUGUCUUACGCCAUUAUUUGUUUUUUGAAAAAGAAAAUGAUGAGGAGAAAGAAGAAAUGAAAGAAGAACAAGAAAACUCAAAAGGUUUAAUGUUUCAAGACUAUGUCCCAGGAAAAUAUUGCUUGGAAAAGAGAAUUGAUGAAAAUUUGGUGAGUGAAUAUGCCCUCGUCUGUGCCCCAGAACACCAUAAAACUGACUGGACAAGUACAAAAUUUUUGUUGCUCAAUAUAAUCAAUCCUGUAACACAUGCUGUCAACAUAGCAUGUUUUCUUAUAAUUGCAAUCGUUUACUUUAUUAUGCCCACAUUAAGAGAUCUGGUAGGUAACAUAAUCACAACUCUACUAAUUUGCCUUAUCAUUUAUCAAGCAGCAGAUAUGACCAGAUUGUUGACAAUUUUUACCAAUCAUAUUAGCAUAAUUAUUGCAGAAAUUGUUUGUUAUAUAGCCCUAUUGGCAGCUUUCUUCUGGAUCAACAGCUUAGGAUAUUACAUUUGGAAAACGUUUAGAUCCAGAAACGUGUUCCUAAGGAUAACGGAUAAAAAGAAAUAUUGUUAUUAUUCAAUUUAUGUUUGGUCAUGUACAAUUCUCAUGGGAUUCCUUGCAGUUUUUGGACAUUUUGCGUUAGAUUAUCCUCAAGUUAGAAGAUUAACAUUUGAGGGAGAACAAGAGGCAAUAGGUUCCUUAGGAAUUAUAAUAUUUUUUGUACCUGUAGCUUUUACAAUUCUUGUAAACGUAUUUUUCUUCGCCGCCACUGUUAAAGUACUCAACAGGAUGAAUACUUACGGCAGGAUACAUCACAAAUUAAAACACAGCUUUCGCAUGUUUCUUUUAUUAUUUUUGGAGAUGACCAUAGCAUGGUUGUUCUUCCUGUUGUCUUUUUCGAAGUAUGACGGUCUCGUCUACUGUUACGUCAUCGUCAACACAUUCCAGGGGCCGCUCAUUUUGUACAUUUGCGUUUUCAAUCAACGUCACGUGUCAUACCUCAUUAGAAAAACGUGCUGUUACAGCGUUUGUGCCUGUUCUUGCUGUCGACCGGAGCCCGAAUGCGAAUGGGGUGACGAAAUGACCGCAAUGAACACGGGAAUUUACUAAAUAGUAGUAGAGUUGCAUUAGAAAGGAGGAAAUAGAUCUCGAAGUAUUUAUUGUAUUUAAAAGAAAUAUUUGCCAUGACUUUUUAUUGGUUUGUUAUUUGUAAAUUUCGUUUUCGAGCUGAAAAACGUGUUCUUUUAUGCCAUUGACAAAUAAUUUGUAUUUUGUUUUAUUUUUAGUGAGCUCAAAUAUUGUUAACUAACGAAAUAUUUAAUUAAUUGCACAGAGGCAGCUAUUAUCGGAUUGAUAUUUAUCUUGUACAUUUCCUAUUAUUUUGUGGGUAGGAUUGAUAUUUAUCUUGUACAUUCCCUAUUAUUUUGUGGCAUUCCAAAGGCUAUUUACUUAAUUUUUAUAAGCACAUUGCAGCUGUUUUUAUAUGAUAUUGUGUACAAGUUCAAACUUUAAAAAAAAACCUAAACUAUGAAACCAUAGUUAUACGUAUAUUAAGUUUAUAUUAUUAUGAGAGGUGUUUUCGCCUUAAUAAUUAUUUGACAUAUACACUUUUUGUAUUAUACCAAACUAAUUAAUAAAGUAAGUAACAAAAAUAUGAA